GGAAGCGCGAACGGGCGGAGAGCUGCCGCCAUCGUAAGUUGUCACUGGCCGAAGUCUGAGCCGCUGCGAGACUUCACAGCGCUCCUCUCCGGCACGACGCACGGUGCUGUCAAGAUUUGAUGAAGUUCAGAUGAUCACACAUUCAGAAGAGCAGUUUCGAUCGCGGAGCGCCCCCUGCUGGCACCGGAUUGUGUGCUCGGAACUGCAUCAAAAGUGGUUACGUAUCUCUGCACUCAGGUAUUGUAAGGUCUCCCAGUGAGCCGACGCACGAUGGCGCCCGAGGCUGCACGAUUACCGCAUGUCAUGGCCGCAAAGAAGAACACGACUCCUUCCGAUUGGCUCGCUGUUGACGGAAACGAAGAAAAAAGAAGACCCAACGAUAACUCACGUAGACGUCUCCGCGGAACAGACCACAGUGACAUAUGUGGCGGCUGCCCCCCCCGUUCCUCAGCUGCAUGUGCAGCACGGCCGGCCGGGUCGUGUGGGGAGCUCCUCGCCGGGUCCCCGCGCUGCUCAGGCCGCUUCCACCCGGACUGACGUGCGUUUUUGCAUCCGGUAAAAAGGACGUGACUGACUUCCCCGUCCUAGACGAGGACGAGCUCGAAGAGCAGUUCGUCAGAGGAUCUGGACCUGGAGGACAAGCCACCAACAAAACCAGCAACUGCGUGGUGCUCAAGCACAUCCCCAGUGGCACCGUUGUUAAGUGCCAUCAAACCAGAUCGGUGGAUAUAAAUCGAAAACGUGCUCGAGAAAUCAUGCGAGAGAAACUGGAUGUUGUUUAUAAAGGGGAACUCAGUGAGGUUCUUGUGAAGAAGAAAGAGGCUGAGCUGAGGAAACAAGACAAGAGGAGGAAGGCAAAUGAUAAUUUAGAGAGAAAAAGACUAUUUAGAGAGGCUCUGGCUGCAGACCCCAAACCUGGAAGUGGUGCCGUUUAAAUGCUUGAAGGGAAUAUAGAAUAAACACAUCAAUACUUGAGAA